AUGGCCAACAUGUUCGGCGCCCUCAACCGCUUCAUCGCCCGGCUAGACUCAGACCCCAACACAACCGCCUCCCCGACCCCCUCCACGCCCUCCCAAAACAACCACUACGGCUUCCAAAUCCUCCGCAACACCAACGCGUCCAUCCCCCUCGACCCCUGGUUCGACUUCAUCAUCGGGCUCAACGGCCACAACAUCACGCACCCGGACCCGGCACUCUUCAGCACCGAGAUCCGGAACUGCGCGGGGAGUACCAUUUCCCUCGGCGUGUACGGCGCGAAAGGGUCGUCGAUUCGCGAGGUCUACGUGAGUGUGCCUCCCGCGGGGGAGAGUCUCGGAUUGGCGCUGCAGUGGGCUCCCCUGAGCAGCGCAGACGACGUCUGGCAUAUCCUGGACGUGAUGCCCAAUUCCCCCGCCGACGUGGCCGGCCUCCUGCCGUACUCGGACUACGUCAUCGGGUCCCAGGACAGCGCCUCUAUCGCACUGCACGGCGACGCGGCGCUGGGUCAUCUAGUCGAGCAGUUCGUUAACCAACCGCUGAGGCUGUGGGUGUAUAACCAGGAGUACGACGUUACGCGGAUCGUGACGAUUACGCCCGCGAAGAACUGGGGCGGAGAGGGCAGCUUGGGCUGUGUGUUGGGGUAUGGGGCUUUGCAUAGGAUCCCCGCGCCGUUGACGGAGGGGUCGAUGGCCGGGCCUGGUGAGACUUUGUUUGAGAGCGGUGGUGGUGGCGACGGGUAUGCGCCUCCCCAGGCACAGCCGAUUGAUGGCGCGGCGGUACCGAGUGGAGGGGAGUUUCUUGUUCCGGCGAAUAUGCAACCUUCGACAUCGCCUGGUCCUCCUCCGAAGGGUGCUCCGGGUGGCAAGGCGAGGAAGGCGAGAGCUCAUCAUGCCCCUGCCGCUGGGUUGGAUGAUUACUUUGCGGAAGGAGAGCAGAAGUCGAGGGAGUUGGAUGGGACGUCCACGCCGAAGAAAGAUAGCAGUCUACCACCUCCACCACCGAAAGCUGGUGGUCCACCCAAGGCAGAAACGGCGAAGGUGGAAGAUGAGGGUGAAGGUGAAGGUGAAGCUUGA